AUGUCUGACAGGUCUCUCAAUCUCGUGGACGACGUUAAGGAGCCCCGGCUUCUGACGUCGCGAUCCAUUGAGACCAUGUCUGGGCUGACGGCCGGGUUCAUCACGACGCUCAUCUCGCAUCCGCUCGAUUUUUUCAAGCUCCGAUUGCAGCUGGACACUACCACCAAGAGCCAGCUAGAGAGCUUCCGAGCGAUCAAAAACAAGCUAUUGGAGGAUUCCAUGGUUAACGGACAGCUCAGACAGUCCCUGCUAGUGCGGAACCUCUAUCGCGGAGUCGGGCCGAACCUGCUAGGGAGCACCACCGCCUGGGGUCUGUAUUUCAGCUUCUACAGAGAGUACAAGAAUAUGGUUUUCAGCAUGUAUGUGGGCGGUUCUGGCGAUGCAGACCAGUCGCUGAGCUCGUCGCAGUACUUGCUCUGCGCAUUUGCUGCCGGCUGGACCACGUCUUUCUUCACCAACCCGAUCUGGGUGAUCAAGACGAGAAUGAUCUCCACGUCGCGGGCGUCGCCGGGCGCCUACAUGUCGAUAGUGGACGGGUGCAAGCAGAUAUACCGCCACGAGGGGAUUUUUGGAUUUUAUAGAGGGUUGUCGCCGGCUCUGCUGAGCGUCUCGCAAGGUGCUCUGCAAUUUUCAAUCUACGACACGAUGAAACGCCACAUUCUCACGACGUCGUCGCACAUGAGCGCCGCACAGUACCUGUAUGCGAGCGCAGUGUCGAAAAUGGUGUCGACGAUGGUUUUCUACCCGCUGCAAGUGGUGCGAUCGCGACUCCAGAUCAACAGAGGUCGAUACGGUUUGAUCUCUGCUGCCACCGAGGUGUUUGUGCGCGAGGGCUUCUUUGGCUUUUAUAAAGGACUAUUUGCCAACCUCAUACGCGUGGUGCCGGCCACAUGCGUCACUUUCACCGUCUACGAGAACAUGAAAUGGGCUCUCCGUGACGUUUAUAUAUGA